AUGUAUUUGAAGAAUAGAAAUAAUGCAAUCAACACAGAGAGGAGCAAGAAGAACAUUAAAGGGAAAACAUGUUCUUAUUUACGGUCAGGCACCCAUCAAGAAGAAAUCCUGACUUUGACAUCACCAAAGGAGAACAACAAAGUGGAGAGAAACAGAAAGGUGACAGAGGAUGAAGAGUCGCUGCAGAGGACCGCUUUCGGGAAGGCCGUGUACAACAUGACCCAUUCGGAGAGGGUGAUGGACGACCUGACGUUUGGACGGCGGGUGGGAUUUUACGAGCUGAAGGGAGAAAUCGGUUCUGGUAACUUUUCGCAGUUACCUUUCUCUGUGUCACCGUGUGAUAUAGAGAGAGUAGCAGUGAAAGUCCUGGAUAAGGAGCGUCUGAGCAAACACACCCAAGCUCUCUUUGCCUCUGAGAUCACCUGCAUGGAGAGGCUGUCCCAUCCCAACAUAGUGCGCCUGUACGAGGUGGUGGAAACCUUCAAGCGGCUUUACCUGGUGAUGGAGUAUGCCAGCGGAGGGGAGCUGUUCUCCAGGAUCACCACCAGGGGGCGCCUGUCGGACCUUGAAAGCAAGCUGGUGUUUUCGCAGGUUCUCUCGGCAGUCAAGCACAUGCAUGAUAAUAACAUUGUCCACAGGGACCUGAAGGCUGAGAAUGUGUUCUACACCCACACCUACUGCAUUAAAGUCGGGGAUUUUGGUUUUAGCACGUAUUGCUGCUCCAGUGAUAUACUCCACACAUUCUGUGGCUCUCCACCUUAUGCAGCACCUGAGAUUUUCAAAGAGAAAGGCUACAUUGGACGCUAUGCAGAUACUUGGGCUCUGGGUAUUUUGCUAUACUUCAUGGUGACCGCCACAAUGCCCUUUAAAGCAGCCAACACGACCCGGCUGAAGAUUUGCAUCCUGCAGGGUUCUUAUGUCAUUCCCUCAUACGUUUCCCAGUCCUGUCAGGAGAUCAUAAAGGGCCUCCUGAGGCCAGUUCCCAUAGACCGCCUCACCUUGACGCAGAUCAUGAUGAGUGACUGGAUGACGGGCAUCGAGUACCCUCAGGCCUACCCGCCCUCCAGACCGACUCCAUCACACCUGGUCGAUCAGAACCACGUCCUCACCUCAGAUGAUCUGAGCGUGAAAGUGGCGAUGGAGGAUCUUGGCAUCAGCGCGGUUCAUCUGUUCAACAACAGUCUCGACUUGAGAAGCCCUGUCACCGGGACCUAUCGGAUCGUGCUUCAUCGGAUCCAGAAGAGAAGAUCGAUAGAGGCUGCGGGUUACAGUCGGACACGCACGAGUGAGUCCCUAGACAGACUGAGGUGGAAAGCCGGGUCAGAGGGCCAUCUGUACAAGCGCCACUCUGUGGUCUGCGCCAUCAUGUAGCUCCAUCUUUAACUUUUUAAGAUGUGCUUCCACUCUGAGCUUUAGGGUAUGGCCCCAACUCGCAUAUUUUCUGCGAUUGUGAAAAACUUUCUUAGACACACUCACUGUAUGUAUCUUGAUCCUCUUGGGUUUUUUUCAAUGUCCACACACUUUGAUUUAAGUACAAGUAUUUUGGCAAUAGCAUAAGGUUUCUGAAGGGACAGAGCAUGAUUUCAUGUAUUAUGAAGGCUUCUGAGAAUGUACACAGUAGAAUGCUCCAUGAACAUACUUGGUCUCUUUCUUGUCCACUAAAAUAACAUCCAGAGUUGUUGCAACUGGAGCUGCACUAAAUCAGCUGAGCGUGAAGGAAAUUUGUUGAAGGUUGUCAGUGACCCUCUUCAGAUUCCUCUUUCUGUAAGGUUACAGGAAUUUAGAAAUAUAAAAACAAGUCAGGAGAGUUUUUUUUAUUUGUAGAUUAGUGAAUGCAACAAGCCGUGCAUUUUCCAUGCCUGCAUCACCCUGUUCAGGGAUGCAUGAGUCAAAUUUGGAGUCCUUUAGCAAAUCUAAAAACUCAGUUUAAGAAAAUGCUCCCUCCUCCAAAAGCAUUGGAAUGGGAAAGAAAAAUUCUUUAAAUGUUGACAUCAAAACCUGACUAUCCAAAAGAUUAUCAACAUUUUUCUUUGCAGAAAUGUUGAAUGAUUUUUUACAUAUAAGUGGCCUGUUUAAGAUCAUGUUACAGCAUGUCAGUCACUGGGCCAGUGAGUUUUGCUCUACCAAGAAUGCUGGGGUUUUUUGGGUUUUUUUUUACAGCUCUGGUCUCCUGAAUGUCAUGUUUAUGAAUUGAUUCAUUAAACCCUGACCUUAAGUGAGGCAGGCUGUAGAGCUUCAGAUGUGAUUUUUGGGUUCUCAUGUAUGUGACCGUGUUUAUUUGGUUAGAGACAAAAGAAGGAACUCCAUAAUUCUUAUCAGGCCACUAUUUUAAAAUAAAGAAUUUACAUUUAUUCUGUAAAAUAAUGCUAAAGUCUAUGGAUUGUGUCAAUAACUUUAGUUAUCUAUACAUAAGUUUAAUCACUUUGGAGAACAUUAGCCUUUUAGCUGCCAGGUAGCUUUCGCAAGCUAGUGCUAACUUAUUCAACAUUCACACUUUGACCAAAAAAUUGGCCAUAAAGUCAAUACAGACAGAAAAUAUUAUAAAAAUGUAAAACACCAAGUACAAAGUGUGUCAACAAAAGUGCAAGUAUCAUUAAUUUGUUGUUGUUUUUAGUAAAAUAAUUUUUUAUCCAGUUGUAGCUCAGCUGAUGCAACAGAAAGAAGGUAACUCUUUUCAUCACACGCUUGUUACUCAAAGAAGGUCAAAUAUUUCACUAAAUUAUUCUUACAUAUACAACCUUGCUUUAUUUGUACAUAUAACUACCAGUAAAUAUUACUUAUGAGGAUUUUAAGCACACUAAAGAGCUUUUUAAAAGCAAUAAAAUAUUACUUUUUUUUAACUUUUGCUCUGUACAGAUCAACUCACCCUACUAUUACUGAGGAAGGAACAGAAUUUUCUCUUAUAAUGACACAGUAAAUUUGAUUUGCUGUCUUUCAGUUCGGUCUUAUGUGACAUAAAGUACCUGUUGCGAUAUGUUGAUACUAGUGGAAAAUGUAAUUCGAAGGAAAAAGGUGUCAUUUCCAAACAAUGUUGCUUUCUGAAAUGUUUUACAGCGGCUUUCAUCUUUCAUUUUAUUCGUUUUAACUUUUAUGGGAACCAUAAUUUACAGCCAUGGCACGAUUGUUAGUGUCUGACAUCCAACUUGCACAGCCAUUUCAUUAAUAAAUAAGUCACAGUGUG